CCGCCCCUGCACGUGGGUUGAACUGCGCAACAAAACAAGCGCACCUUGUGGAACGACAGUCACUUUCAACUACAGAACCUCGUGGGCUGUUGAUAGCUUCACGCCGUUCAUCUUAGUCUUGGUCAUUUAUAUCGACAAACAUAGAUAAUAUCUGCAUUUGUUCGUGUGCGUUACGGCAGAGCUACGUUGAGUGAGUCAGUAUGUUUGGAGCAGUGGUGGUUGGUAUCGGCACAGCAGGUUGGGUCAGGAUUAGAGACAUGUUGGCUCCAACCUUUGGCAGUCCUGCAGAGAAACUUGCUGUCAAAGGAUUCAUAUCCAGGAGAAGCCUGGACAAUCAGCAGGGAGUGAGCCAGAUCUCAGAGGACAUGGCCAAAAGCAGAGGAGAUAUUCAUGUGGCGUUCAUCUGCACUGAGAAUGUGUCCCAUGAAGACAAUGUCAGAAUGUUUCUACAGGCAGGGAAACAUGUCUGUGUUGAGUAUCCCAUGACCAUGAACUACAAGGCUGCUGUGGAACUCUACGAUUUAGCGGAGGAAAAAGGUUUGAUUCUCCAUGAAGAACACAUAGAGCUGCUGACAGAAGAUUACAAAGAACUGAAGAAAACAGUAGAUGGAAAAGUCCUGCAGGAAGGAAGUCUUCAUUUUACUGGUGGCACUCUGAAGCCUGGAUUUGGUUUCCUCGCAUUCAGUGGUAUUGCUCGCCUCACCUGGUUGGUUGAUUUGUUUGGUGAGCUGUCUGUAACUGCCGCAACCAUGGAGGAGGACAUUCCUAAUAGUUACAGCAAGAUGACGGCAAGACUACUAACUUCUGACAACAGACCUCUGAUGUGGAUUGAGGAACGAGGACCAGGCCUCCCCAGGGCUAAGAACAUCAACUUUCAGUUUGAUUCUUGCACUUUGACUCAAAUCCCUCCUGCACCCAGAGGAGCUGUGGGCCUUUUCAUGCAAGACCUGAUUAACUUCUCUGCCAAGCUGGCAGGCCAAGUGAAUCCUGUGGAGCUACGGAAAGAGAAAGUCAGAAUCCUGCACUGCUUGGAACUGGCAGAGAGGAUAAAACAACUUUGCCAGCAUUAAAUGGGUCUGUCCAGUUUCUGACCACCAUCUUUUUUGAACUUGAAUUUCUUUGUUUUUCCUCUCGGUGGCCUUUAAGUUUUGUACUGGCUGUGGAAAGCUUAAAAUAAUUAUUACUUUAUCACACUAGUGAAUAUUGCAAUGUAUUACUCAUUUAAAGCAGAGCAAUAUAGUUACUAUUUAUUACUUAUCUAAAGCGGAGCAAUUUAAUUGAAUAAUACAUACUACCAUCAUAUAGAGCAGGUCUCCAGCAUCCAGCAAGGAUGCUACACUUGCUGUGCCAUCUCGGCCGUAAUUAUUACCUUGAUCAAACAACUGCCUUAUAUUUAAUGUUUUUCUUUUUCCGAGAGAAACUGUUUUUACAUUCUAAAUAAAAUAUAUUGAUGGCC